UGAAAUUAAUUAUUCGAAGGGGAUGCUUUUUUUCUCCAAAGUAAACAUUUAUUUAAAAAACAAAAGUCAUGGAUGAUUUUCAGGGUUAGAAGAAUUGAGGAAACUCAAAUUGUGUAAAGAGAUGUGACGUCAGCCCAGUCACAAGACCACAGAGCAGAUCACUCUGGCUCGCUCCCCCAGCAUGUUUCAGAAAUGUGGUAGGUUGUUCUACUGGCACGAUGGCUGCAACGAACUUCGAACUUCUCUGGGAAUCUGGACUUGUGAUAUCCUUCGAAUUACGGAACAGUUGUUACUGAUUUGGCAAUAACUACUGUAAUAAACUAAAUAAAGGAUAAGUAUCGUCUGGGCUGUCGCAUCAGCUGGCGCGCUGGUUUGUUUUGUUUCUGCGUGGCGAAUGUUAACGUUAGCUAGCUAACUAAGCAGUACAGUAUCAAGAUUGUGACAUUGGAGCUAAUAUAGCUAGCUAACACCUAGGUUGUUUCUAGCUUGGUACUCAGUAUAGUGGGAGCUGGUGUGUAGGUGAUGUUCUCCGUACUUUCAUACGGUAGACUGGUUGCCAGAGCAGUAAUUGGCGGACUCUCUCAAACGGAUAGCCGCGACUACAGCCUGGUAACAGCAAGCUGCGGGUUUGGGAAGGAUUUUCGGAAGGGUAUCUUGAAGAAAGGGAUGUGCUACGGCGACGACGCUUGCUUCAUUGCCCGACAUAAAUCUGCCGAUGUUUUGGGUGUGGCAGAUGGAGUGGGUGGUUGGAGAGACUACGGUGUGGACCCAUCACAGUUUUCAGGGACCCUUAUGAAGACCUGUGAGCGGCUGGUAAAGGAGGGACGCUUCGUUCCAAGCAGCCCUGUGGGCGUCCUCACAAGCAGCUACUAUGAGCUCCUACAGAACAAAGUGCCUCUGCUGGGCAGCAGCACGGCCUGUAUCGUGGUGCUGGACCGGCAGAGCCAUCGGCUGCACACUGCUAACUUGGGAGACUCAGGCUUCCUGGUGGUGAGGGAAGGAGAAGUGGUGCACCGCUCUGACGAACAGCAGCACUACUUCAACACCCCCUUCCAGCUCUCUAUCGCCCCACCCGAGGCAGAGGGGGCCGUCCUUAGUGACAGUCCCGAUGCUGCAGACAGCUCCUCCUUCGAUGUCGAGUUGGGGGACAUAAUUCUCACAGCCACAGACGGCCUCUUCGACAACAUGCCCGACUACAUGAUCCUACAGGAGCUGAAAAAACUCAAGAACACCAACUAUGAGAGUAUCCAGCAGACAGCCAGGAGCAUUGCAGAGCAGGCCCAUGUUCUGGCAUACGACCCCAACUAUAUGUCGCCUUUUGCCCAGUUUGCCUGUGACAAUGGACUGAAUGUAAGAGGAGGAAAGCCAGAUGACAUCACUGUGUUGCUGUCAAUAGUGGCAGAGUACACAGACUAGAGACUGUAUUGAGGCUAGGAGGGGAAUUAGGAGAGUUUCCUCUUGCCAUCUGUCUCUUGAAGAUGUCAGACUGCUUUGAUUCCUGCUGGUGGGGAUUAGGGACUAGUGUUGGUGGCUGACUGAGCCCACCUUCGGCCCCCUGAGAUAAUCAGUCCUAUUUCUCAGAUGGAACACUUGACAAUACAUGCAGUUCUGACAUAUCUCUGUUUAGAAUACCUGCUGCAAAGGAUCUAUCUGGGAAAUGUCCCAGUUGUCAUUGACAUAAUCCCUGUUCAGUGGGAUGAAGGACAUCAGCAUAUAGGAGAUGAGGCUCUGGCUCUCAUAUUAUUUUUGGACUUGGAGCAAAGCUCAGGAUGGAGAGAGAGAGAGAAAGGUGGUCAGUAUUAGCCAGUCAAAAGCGUCAGAAUUGAAACUCUGUGAAUCAUGCCAAUGAGGGUUAAUCACAGGAACCGAGCUGAUUCCAGACGGGAAGUAGCAUCAUACCAUCAAGUUGAAACGAUAGGGCCAUGAAAACGCCACUUUUACAGUGACUCACAUUACACACAAAAACAAACAAUUAAAAGACGUUGAAGGGCAAAACAAAUAUGCGUGUAUAAGGGCAUGUGUCAUUGUGAUAUUAAAGGAUGUUAGAAUGUUUUGGUAGAUCUGUGGGAAAGGGACUACGUGGUAUUUUAAGUUGUUUGACUGAUCUAAGGGGUUGUAUGAAGACUAGGUGCAGUUGACACAUACUUUACCAUAUCAGUACAAUUUGGGUCAAACACAGACAAAGUGAAUAAUUUCUAAGGAUGUGAAAUGUUAAAAUAACUAUUUUUUUUAAAUGGCUCGAUGUUUCUGUCAAACCUGUUCUCUGACCCCUGCUGCGACGCAAAGAGUGAGUGUGACUGCAAGUGAUAUUGAAGGUUGUUAUGUGUGAUGGAGUAACCUGGAGGCUGUCGCGUGUCAGAUGUUGAUAUUGUAUACAUACGGAAUGGAUGGGUUUUAUGUAGGCUACAUCGCUGUUUUUAUAUCCACUGGGAUGCAAUGGUAACAACCAUUUACGCACAAGGUUAAAGAAAGCAUAUCUAAAAGUUCACAGUGGACGUUGGUCAAGUGACCAAGCAGAUAUCAUUGUAUUUCUGCUUUGGUUUGAUGGGGUGGGAAUCUGGACUGUUUCAGUUUAGCUUCAGGGAAAAUGGUUCACAAUCAUAAUUUCUCAGUUGUCCUCGCUGUAAAGCUCCAAUGGCACAUUUGAUGAAGUCUUAUGAAUCAGGUCACUAGUGUUUUUAUUUAAUUUAACCGCUUUUUCAUUUUCUUUUUUGCUGCAGUCAAAAAUGUGCACUUUGCAUUUACAACAUAACUCAUGUGCAGAAACAUUUUAAGAGUUAUGCUUCCUUUGUAAAGGAAAAUUCCACCACAAAACUAUCUUUUGGUUAUUUGUUUCAUUAGUCAAUUGUUUCAAUAGUCCCGAAAUGUAUUGCUUGUCAGCAAUCAAGUUAAGAUAAUUAACUUUAAAAAUUAGAAAACAUCACAUGAUGCAAAACACAGAUUCAUAUGAUGCUAAAUGCAUCAUACAAGGAUGAUUUUUGUAUUUUCAAAACUAUAUUGCUGACAAGAAAAACAUUUUGGGACUAUGAAACAAAUACCAAAAUAUUGUUUUUGGGUGAGGUUUCCAUUAACAUGUACUAUGUACAUGUUGAUUUAUGGAGCUGAUGUGCCUUGUAUUGGAUGUUAUUGAUAGUGGCAAAAUUGUGUAUCAUAUUGUUCCCUAAACCCCACACUGUGUCAGCUAUGGAGACAGAGUAGAAAUGGACAAGUAGCCAUAUGAUUCACACUUACUUUUCCCACCAUGCCCUGCUGUCUUAAUGCUUAAUCUGCGCCAUCUGAUGGGAGACCUCUCGUUCCCUUUCAAUGUGUUCAAUGCCUUUCACCAUGGGACACAUUCAAAUUUGAAUGGUCAAGCUAUUUAUUUUUAAAGGG